AAUUGCGGACGACAUUGCUGCUUUAUUUAUUUUAACAAUCUAUUGAUUGAAUUCUUUGUGAUUUUUUUUUCUUUUAUUUUGACCUUUGUUAAUUCGAAACAAAAAGCAAUGGCCAUGUUUGGUACCAUCGACCCGUAUGUUCCGGGCACUUCUUUUUCCAACUAUAUUGAACGUUUGGAAUAUUUUUUCUCGUGCAAUAAUGUUGCGGAGAAUAAGAAAAAAGAUCUUUUUUUGAGUUUUUGCGGAAUGGUCGUAUUCGACGAAAUAAAAUUGCUUUUUCCCGCGGUGGAUUUGAAAACGUUAGAAUAUGAAGAAAUUGCUAAGAAAUUGAAGGAACGCUACGACAAAAAGGACUCAGAGUUACAUGCGUAUUGUCGAUUCAUUAAUCGAAAGCAGGGUCCAAAUGAAUCGAAUGAAAAUUUCAUUUUAGCGGUUAAACUAUUGGCCGAGGCUUGUGAGUUUGAUGGCUAUAGGGACAGAGCCAUCCGUAAUAAGCUGGUGAUGGGGGUUCAAGAUAAGGACUUAAGGAAAAGGCUUUUAAAUGAAGAGAACUUGACACUUAAGACAACUGAAAGGAUGCUGAAAAACUCUGAGCGUUCUUUCGACAAUGAAAGGUUUAUGGAGGUCGAAAAUAUCAAUUCGGUUAAAUACAGACUAGGUGAGAGAUACGACAGGGGUAAUCCUAGGGUCCCUGAGAGAAGAUCGAGAUAUAGUGCGAGGUCCAGAAGCCGGGACAAUGAUCGGUUUAGCAGAAAUUAUGGUGCAUACAAGAACAGGUCUCCUUCGGCAAGUCGUUCAAAAGCUAGAGGGCGAUAUGCGAAUUACAAAUGCAACUAUUGCGGCGAAUCAGGACACGUGUGGAAGUAUUGCUUUGAAAGAAAAAGGAAUCAAAAGAGUAUGGUAAACUUUGUUGACGAAAAGCCUAGAGAUUCACCGAAGGAAAACGUGCAUGACUAUUUCAAACGACUGAGGGUUGACUAUAGCAGCAGCGAUGAAUCAGAUCGCUCUGGGAGCAAACGUGAUCUCGGCUCACAGGGAGCAGAUCAAAAGUGCACAAUCUGAACUAAGGCGCAAUGCAGCGUUUCAGAUCCAAAGUCAGGAUAAUCCACCAAUGGCAAGCAGUAGAAGUAGAAUUCCGAAGCGACGUCGCGAGGAUUCUGACGAAGAGGUAUUUCAUGGUUUCUCCCCUUCGCAAUUACAACCAGUGCAAGUGCCAUCUAGAAGAGAAAUCCAUUCCCGGGGUACUUCCCCCUGUUCAAACGAAUCAUCAUCAAAUUCAGUAGUCUUGAGAAGAUCAGAGAGAAGAAGAAAAGUUUUGAAAACUGAUGAAUUUAUAUACUAUUAGUUUAGUUAUCUUUUAUUACUUUUAGUUAAUUGAAUUGCAAUGUUAAUGCCUUAUCUGAAGGAGGAAGAAUUGUUAGUUUUAAUAAAAAUGCAAGUACAUAAUACUGGGCGUGCAAUCAGCUGUUAUGGCUGGAUUGUACCAACUGUAGACUGUAAAUAUAG